AUGAACUCCCCCUCAUCGACACUAUCCCGCGGUCACCGUCGUCAAAUAUCAACCCCCGGUUUCGAAGCCAAUCGACCUUCAAUGGCCAAUAUGCCGCCCCGCCGAACACAUCGUCGUGGUCAGACAGUGGACUACGGCUCCUUUGGUCCACAACAAGCUCUCGACCGACGAAGUGCGACAAACAAGGUCCAUCAGCUUCGAGACUUCUUUAACGAAAAAUCAGGUUUCUCACAGCAGGCUUUAGCUGCACAACAGUUUAUGCACUCAUCACAACAUGGGCAAGCCCAGUUUAUGCACUCGCAUCUCCCAAUGUCGCAACCUGAGCAAUAUCAGAGCGCAUAUAUGUGGAACCCAGAGGAGCUACAGGCUAUGUAUACCAUGGAUGGUAGCAGUGCUGCUUUCCCUGCCCCAAUUGCUCCCGCUCUUGCAAGAUCUGCAAGCGACAAUCCGAACUCCAAUUCUGUCUCGACAAGUGCCCUCCAUCAGAUGCAAGCCGAGCGUCAGCACCAUCUUCAAUCCCGACAGCAGGCCAAUGGCUAUGCCCAGUCGAUGCAACAGCUCUCUGUUCAACCAGAAGGCUACAGUCCUAAAAUUAACCCCUACCUUUCCUAUACUUCCCCUCUUACCCCAGAUGUUACCCCUAUGAAGAGUUCAUUUGAUUUAUCUAUGUACACCAAUGACCACACCCCUACUAAAUCCCAAAGUUUUUCUGUCCCCCGCACACCUGCCACCGCUGAGAUGCAAAGAGCCCAUUCCCUUCAAGGAAUUCCAGAUUCCACCCCAGUGUCAAUCGCCCACCAGAUGCCAUCGCCCGCCACUUCAGUUACGGACUUCGCCGAACUAGCUGCUAUGCCAUCACCUGGUUCCUGUGGAGUGUCACCCCAUUUGUCCAGCCUACCGUCUUCUCCAUCCUCUAGCAGAUACCAGGAGCGUGAAGAUUCUCCCGCAUCGUCAAGUGGUCACUCUAUGCAUGAUAUGCACGCCGAAACAGUGAAUGAGUUCGACCUUGAUGCACGAGUCAAAGCCUCUCUAAAGGAGAGUUCCGUUUCUAGUGAUGAAAUUGCUCGAUUUAUAUCUGGCCCUGAUGCCAAAGACAACAAAUGGGUAUGCCUUUUCAAAGACUGCCGUUGCCGCUUUGGUCGCAAAGAGAACAUCAAGUCUCAUGUUCAGACCCACUUGAAUGACCGUCAAUAUGUCUGCGACCGAUGUGGAAAAGAUUUUGUUCGCGGACACGAUCUCAAGCGCCACCUAAAGACUCACUCCGGAAAGAAGCCUUUUGCCUGUGCCUGUGGCGCUAGCUUUGCCCGUCAAGAUGCCCUCACCCGCCACCGCCAACGUGAUAUGUGUGUUGGAGGUUUCACUGGCUUCGUCCCAAAAACAACUAAACGUGGCCGCCCGCCAAAGAAGAGUCGUCCCGAUAUCGAAUCUCGUCAAAUGAAGUCUACUCGUACUCGUCAGCGCAUUGCUGAAAAAUCUUUUUCAACGUCCGUGAAAGUUGAAAGUUUAGAAGGCCCUAUGUUCAACUCGCCAGAUUACGCCCCAUCUACUUCUAUGUCAUCCUUCACGCCGCCUACUUCCCCAGGAGGUGGAUAUGAUCACAAGUCUCCCGUGCAGUCCGAUCCCUCAAUCUCAUCCCAGCAGUUCGAAGACGAUAUGUUACCUCUCCCACUGUCACCACCUCAAAUGGCUCACAACCGAUAUGCUCGUGCUAUGGAACAGUUCGAGGGCCACAACUCUGCUGAGUCUUCUCAGGAUUGCCUCUACAGUGAUCCUGCUCUUUCUCCUUAUGACAUGUCUUCGCCUCACACUGCCCCAACUUUGGCUGAGUCUACAGUUGGCUCUGAAAUCGAUGUGUUUAUCUCUCAAGAUGCUACCGACAACCUACAAGAAGAAUUUGGUCAGAUCAAGGAAUUUGAAUUCAUUUCAUCUCAAAGCUCCAACCUCCCAAGCAGCUAUGCCUAUAUGGAUUCCGCUGACUUUGGCAUCCCGUCUUCAUUAUACUCCGACAUGCCUGGGAAGACCAUCUCUGGGUUGAGCGCUCUUGAAAUGGAUCCUUACGGUGACCAAAUCGACUCGCUUUCCAGCGAAUUUCUGGUUGACCCUUGA